UUGUGACAGUAGAGGCACAAUCCAAUCAAAUGUUUGUAAUUCUAGGUCCCAUUUUGUGACGAAGGGUGGUGUAAUUGCUGUAUUUAUUCCAUGAAUCAACUUUAUUACCUUAUUAUGAUAUGAAUUGAAUUGUUAUCUAACACUCUUAGGCAAAAAAUAAUAACCAUUUGUGAGGUAUGCGACUACGUUGGUAAAAUUGUCAAUUUAUGAGAUAUGUAUUCAUUUGAAGGGGACUUUCGGCGUAAACCGCAACAAAACUUAUCCGGGGCUAGUGCUCAGCGCAAAACCAACCGAGAUGCUCUCAUUCUUCAGACUCAACAACAAAGACAAAAACGAGAGGAGCACAGAAAACGCCUCAAUAGCACCAUUAAAAUCCAAGCAUAUGUGAGAAGUUACCUGACCAGGAAACACUGCAAGCAGAGCGAGCGGGAGGAGUUUGACAACAUAUUCCCCAAAGUUAAUGCCGAUGAUAUUGAUCUGUUGUGUGCACUUGUCGUAAAAAUUCUGUUCUUUUACGAUGGAAAAGUGGAUUCCUCUAGACUGGUCUCAGUUUCCCAAUUGUUGUUAAAACAAUGGAGAAAAGUCUUUCAAAAUGGAGGCUGUUAUAUUCAAAUAAGAAGGUUACUUGUCCUACACCUGCGGCUGUUAAAAGAUGGAUCCGAGGUACCUUUAGCUGUGCCACUCAGAAUGUUUGAAGUAUUCACUUCUGUCAAUUCAGCAGAAAAUUCUAUGAACUCUGACGAAGUAUUGAGCAAUGUUGCUGGAACAUUUUUGUAUUUAGUAAAAAGAGGCUAUUUCGCGGAGCUACGGGAGCUGUUAUGCCGGAAGACGCCCCCGUUGUACGGGCCCUCUCCUAACCCGCCCACGCCUCUUUGCGGGGCCCUGCUGGACCUUAUUCAGAGACCUCUCAAUCUGACCACGCACGUUGACAUCAGUGGAUAUGAUAACAUGGUGAUGUCAGAAUUCGCAUCAGCAUUCCUCUGCAACCCAUACCCGGAGCCGGUGGAGAUGUACAUAAUCCCAGCGCUGUCCGUGGACAGCAGGAAGUUCCCAUUCCUGUCCCUCGUGCAGUGUCUACGGGACGAGACCAUAUUCAACAAGAGGGUGCUUAAUGAUUCGUGGCUACUGCAUUCUGUGCUUUCACUAGAACCUCCAGGGUUUGCGAACGAAAUCCGCAAUAUAAACAACACAAGACUGCCAAACAAUCCCAUCGUCCUAGACUACCUUAAAAUAAUAGCCCAGCUCACCGUGAACGUGUGCAAUAAACAAAUAACUUACGAAUACGAAGACUCCUUGUACAGCCAAGAGACUGCGGCGGACAAAGACGACGAUAGCGACAGUGAGACAGAGCCUAACCCAACUUCUGUACGAGAGCAGAUGUUGCUCACCCGUUGUAUAGAAAUCCUGAAUGAGCCGGAUAGAUGCGUGAUGGCUACGUGCUCGCAGAUAACGGAGAGUGAUCUGAGUGAGGACUUCUUGGAUUGUUUGUCGAAGAUCUGCCAUAAUUUGCUGCUGAGUCAUAGGAUGGCAUUGCAUAAAUAUAGAUUACUAUACACCCUCGCUUUCAAGCCCAUAUUCCUGCGAGGCCUAUGGCACUGGCUGAGCCACAUGAGCCACGAGUCGUCGUUCGGCGGGUCGGCCACGCCGCUGCUGUCCGCGCUGUCCCGCGGCAUGGGCGCCGACUCCAGCGUGCUCGGCGUGCACCGCCUGCUGGCGCCGCUCGCUGUCUUCUGCGCGCUGUUCUCGUUGCUCAUCGGCACGCUGCACGACACAGAGUUCUGCAGGGACGUGGACGAUGAUGAUAGCAUGAGCUGCGACUCCAUAUUUAAUAACGACAUUAGCGUAUCUCACUUACCCACCGGCGGUGGCGGCCGUGUCCAUGCCUUUGAGUUCUCAGAGCUCGGCGGCUUAUGCCGGACGCUCCGGCAAGUCUGUCUCGGGCUGGUGGAACUGGCCUAUCCGGAAUCCCGGCCGGCGGUCAACACACAGUACCGGGAUGCGGUCGGAGCGCCUAUAGAACUGGCAGGCAGCCAGACGCCUGCCUGGUCACAUUUAUUCAAGGUAUGCACGCACCUCCUGCGCGCGCUAUACGUGCGCGACUCGCGGCUGUGCUUCAUGGCGGCGGGCUCGUGGCCGGUGCGGGGCUGCGUGCCCGAGGGCGCGGCCGCGGUGCUGGUGGUGGCGGGCACGCACGUGCGGCCCAACCCGCGCCAGCUGCGCCGCCCGCAGCAUCUGCACCACGCCAGGGACCAGGGUCAGUACUCCGAGGGAGAGAGACAGACGAGUGUAGUGACGUGGCCGGUGCGGGGCUGCGUGCCCGAGGGCGCGGCCGCGGUGCUGGUGGUGGCGGGCACGCACGUGCGGCCCAACCCGCGCCAGCUGCGCCGCCCGCAGCAUCUGCACCACGCCAGGGACCAGGGUCAGUACUCCGAGGGAGAGAGACAGACGAGUGUAGUGACGUGGCCGGUGCGGGGCUGCGUGCCCGAGGGCGCGGCCGCGGUGCUGGUGGUGGCGGGCACGCACGUGCGGCCCAACCCGCGCCAGCUGCGCCGCCCGCAGCAUCUGCACCACGCCAGGGACCAGGGUCAGUACUCCGAGGGAGAGAGACAGACGAGUGUAGUGACGUGGCCGGUGCGGGGCUGCGUGCCCGAGGGCGCGGCCGCGGUGCUGGUGGUGGCGGGCACGCACGUGCGGCCCAACCCGCGCCAGCUGCGCCGCCCGCAGCAUCUGCACCACGCCAGGGACCAGGGUCAGUACUCCGAGGGAGAGAGACAGACGAGUGUAGUGACGUGGCCGGUGCGGGGCUGCGUGCCCGAGGGCGCGGCCGCGGUGCUGGUGGUGGCGGGCACGCACGUGCGGCCCAACCCGCGCCAGCUGCGCCGCCCGCAGCAUCUGCACCACGCCAGGGACCAGGACGAGGGACCGCCGCUAACAAUCAAAGAGCUCCGAACAGUCACUAUUCUAAGAGAAAUCCCGUUCGUUGUUCCGUUUUCCACGAGAGUCCUUAUUUUCCAAGGAUUACUUGUUAGAGAAAAGCACGACCACUGGUAUGAAAUGUCAAACUUCAACGAGGGACCUUCAAUAAACAUUAGCGUACGACGGACGCAUCUAUAUGAAGAUGCUUUUGACAAACUCAGUCCUGACAAUGAGCCGGAUAUGAAGUUGAAGCUGCGCGUGCAGCUCAUCAACCAGGCCGGUGCCGAGGAGGCGGGCGUCGAUGGAGGCGGGCUGUUUAGGGAGUUCCUUUCAGAGCUACUCAAAUCGGCUUUCGACCCCAAUAGAGGCUUGUUCAGGUUGACCAAAGACAACAUGCUGUAUCCCAAUCCCGGGGUACAUUUACUAUAUGACGACUUCCCUAUGCAUUACUAUUUCGUUGGCCGAAUGCUUGGAAAGGCGUUAUACGAGAACCUACUAGUGGAACUGCCGUUAGCGGAAUUCUUCCUCGGGAAGCUGUGCUCCUCCCGCGAGCCGGACGUGCACGCGCUGGCCUCUCUAGACCCGGCGCUGUACCGCGGCCUGCUCAUGCUAAAGUCACAUCGGCGGCAGGACGUGCCUGACUUGGGGCUCGACUUCACGAUAGUCAGCGACGAGCUGGGAGAACAGCGGAUAGAAGAAUUAAAACCAGGCGGAUCUAACAUUCCAGUUACUUCUGAAAAUAGGAUAGAAUACAUUCAUUUAGUAGCCGAUUACAAAUUAAACAGGCAAAUAAGGUCGCAGUGCAACGCGUUCAAACGCGGUCUGACAUCAGUGGUAAACGCGGAGUGGCUUCGAAUGUUCUCAUGCCGAGAACUGCAGCUGCUCAUAUCGGGCGCGGAGGUGCCGAUAGACCUGGACGAUCUGAGGGCGCACACGCAAUAUGCUGGCGGUUUCUCCGCGACGCACCCGACUGUGCAGUGGUUCUGGAAGGUGGUGGAAAACUUCGCGGACGCGCAGCGUCGGCAGCUACUCAAGUUCGUCACCAGCUGCUCGAGGCCACCGCUAUUGGGUUUCAAGGACCUCCAGCCCCCGUUCUGCAUCCAGUCAGCGGGCGCGUCCGACCGUCUGCCGUCGUCCUCGACCUGUAUGAACCUGCUCAAGCUGCCAGAGUUCCACUCCGAGCAGCAGCUGCACGAGAAGCUGCUCUACGCUAUCCAAGCCGGCGCCGGCUUCGAGCUCAGCUAAAGUCGGAGAACAAUGUUGUAUGCGUGCAAAUAACUUAAAUAAUUAUUUUGAAAGAUUUUUCAUGAAUAGUACAUCUAAAUGUGAUAAUAUUAUAUCUAAUGACUUUCAGUGUCUUAUUGUGUAAAUAGUAAAAUGUUACCCGAUCCACUCACUCACUUUAUUUUAAGAUCAUGCAUAUAAUCUUACGAUUGCAGUAUGUUUACUUUUUAUGUUCCUAUUUUAUUUAUAAUAAAAUAGCUUGACUUAUUUAAAAUAUUUGGCAUCAUCACACGAAGAAGCGGGUUUACUUAUAUUAGUCUGGUUCUCGAAAAAAGGGACUAUAAAACGACUGGUCCUAACGCUAUUAUUUGUGAUGCUCCAGUACAAAUUCGUUGAGGCUUAACGCAUAUCGCAUUAUGGUCCCUUUUGGCUAGCAACGACUCAUUAGACUAUCGUUUUAUGUGACACUACUACUACGUGUAAAUAUAAUGGCAAAGCGCCCUGCUUGUGUAAUUAGCUAGUCCGGAUUGAUACUGUUUUAUUUGACGUGUAAAAGGAAGUGAAUUAUUAUUAAAUUUCGAAUGCAAUUGUACAUAGUCAUAACGGCUGUAUAGUUGAGGCAAAAUUCUUGCACGUCAAAAAAUAUCGAGGCAAUAUGAAUACGAUCAUAUAUUUUCUGAUGCGAAACUCUGCGUAUCAAAAACAAGACAAAUCUUCUAAAAUCAUGUUAUAACUGGAUGCUGAUACACAAUAACGUGUCAACCCACAUUAAUUUUUCAAUAAGAUGUCAACUCGAAAAAUUGACGCAUAAUGUUGACAUUUUAUUGCAAAAUGGAUGUGGGAUGACUCAUUUUUGCUAAACACCAUCCAACUGUUGGUUUGUAGUUUUGUGUUCAAUGCGGUGGGUAAAAUUGCUUGACUCUCCGUGAAUAUAUAGUAUUGAUGACGAAAGAUACGCAAUUUGUUUCUUAAACUGUACCUUUAAAAGGUCAGCAACUAGGAAGACAGUACGCUUGCUAAGUUACUGACUAUCGUGGUCAAAAAUAACUCGGUAAGUCAUAUUGACAGCAGAGUAAUGAUGAUCUCAAUCAAAUUGAAAACUGCUAAAAAUACUUUUUAUUAGCUUUUUAUAUUGAGAAACAGGCUAAGAAUCUUGGCUCGACUAAACGGCCGUUAAUUAGUUCAAUGGUUGGGUAUAGAUGCAUAGAUAUAUUUACCGUGUCGGUCUGGUACCUGUAUAUUAUAUCCGUGACAAUUUGUGUCAAAUUUGCGUUUUUAUUUUAGAUUAUAUAUUUUAGUACCUAUUUAAUAAAGUUGUCGUACCCUUCA